GUCGUAGUAGAGCUGUCGCCGGGAGAAAUCGGGAUGCUUCGGGGCAGAGGCUCGUGGGUCGGAUUAUCGAACCGGUUGAAACACUACGGGAUCCGACGUCUCUGCACUAAAGGAGAGAAUGGUGGGAACAAACUCGAGAAGACGGAAUCUAGUGUCACUCCGUACAGCGAGACUGAAUCUAGUGUUGUGUCUCGCUACGAUGAGACGUACAAGAAACUCGAUAAGCUCGAUUUCGUGACCGCUGCGAAGAUAUUGUUCACUGAACCACCGAAGAAGAAUAAAUUUGGGUUUGACUGGCAUGUGGUGCAAUUCAUCAUCGUCUGCUUGCCGUCUGUAGCUGUGUAUCUGGUUGCUCAAUAUGCCCGCCGUAAAAUGAAGAUCAUGGACGCAGAACUUGGAGAGAAGAAAAGGAAAGAAGACGAAAAGAAAGAGAAAGAAGAAGCUGAAAAGCGGGAGUUAGAAGAAGCAGCAGCAACCAAGUCUCAGGAAGAGCUAAUGGAGAUGAAGAAGAGACUGGGAAAAAUCGAAGAGACGAUAAAAGAGAUUGUUUUGGAAACAAAGAAACCUUCAGGGAACGCUCCAACCAAAACCCAAGAAGAUCAAUCUGCUAAACUCCCACCAAAAGAGGAAUCGAAACCGAUAAAAGAAGAGAAGGGCAAUCUACAGAAAUCGGGUGAGAGUCGAACAAAUGUGGAUUCUCCUACACGUCAUUGA